GCCGCUGCCGCCGCGCUCCCCGGGCUGCUGCUCCACGCUCCGCCGGACUCCGAACUUGUGCGCCCGCGGACCGGCGGGGACGUCUGAGCCCUCCGCGCUCCCGGCUCCGCUGCUGCCGCGCUGGGGCGCUGGGAGCCAGAAGACGCCGAGGAAGACCACGCAUUUGGUGCUGCUGCUGCUGCUGCUGCUGCUGCUGCUUUGCUCCUUUUUCUUUUUCUGAGCUCUCUUCCCCCUUCUCCCUCCUCCGCGGCCGGGUAGUAGAAGAAAGGGAGGAGGAGAGACUUUGUGUUGCUGUUGUUUCCCUGGCCGGGGGUGCGUGCGUGUGGGGGGGUCUCCGCCCUCCCGCCGCCGUCUCCGCGCCCGGGGGUCUGCUCCGGGGCCCGCCGGUCCUUUUGCCCCGGGCUCCAUGGCUGGAUUGUGGACCCUGCACCCGGCUGCAGCUUGUUGAGCGACUGAUGGGACGAUCUCAGGGACCGGCGGUCGCAAAAGAAAUGUUUAAAUGUUCAGUAAAUCGGAGAAAAGAACAUGGACUCUUAGCAACUGAAGAGCAUUAAAUUAAGGAUUCAAAUUUGGGAUACUGGUGUUUCUAUUUUUGAGAAAUUUUUUGUUUGAGGGAUUUUUUUUUUUUUAAUCAUCGUUCUUGGAGUAUAGAAGAGGAACCAGAAAGACACAUUUCAUUUCACAUUGGGAACACUCGCUUUUGAGGCACUCUCACACCCAAGUACACAGCCAUGUGGCCAUCACAGCUACUAGUCUUCAUGAUGCUUGUAGCACCAGUCAUUCAAGGUGGCAAGCACAGUGAGCGACAUCCAGGCCUCGCUGCUCCACUGCGACAUGCUGAGCGCAGCCCAGGAGGCGCUCUGCCACCCAGACAUCUCCUUCAGCAACCAGCAGCAGAGCGAGCCACUGCUCAUCGCGGACAAGGGCCCCGUGGAGCUACCAGAGGAGUUCGUGGUCCAGGUGCCCAAGGAGCCCAGAGUGCAGCCCAAGCUUUCAGCCGUGCCCCAAUUCCGAUGGCUGUGGUUCGCAGAGAGCUCUCCUGUGAGAGCUACCCCAUAGAGCUCCGCUGUCCAGGAACAGAUGUCAUCAUGAUAGAAAGUGCCAACUAUGGGAGGACUGAUGACAAAAUUUGUGACUCUGACCCUGCUCAGAUGGAGAAUAUACGAUGCUAUCUGCCAGAUGCCUAUAAGAUUAUGUCUCAAAGGUGCAAUAACAGAACGCAGUGUGCAGUGGUGGCAGGUCCUGAUGUUUUUCCAGACCCGUGUCCAGGAACCUAUAAAUACCUUGAAGUGCAGUAUGAAUGUGUCCCUUACAAAGUGGAACAAAAAGUUUUUCUUUGUCCUGGACUACUAAAAGGAGUGUACCAGAGUGAACACUUGUUUGAAUCUGACCACCAAUCUGGGGCAUGGUGCAAAGACCCUCUACAGGCCUCUGACAAGAUUUAUUAUAUGCCCUGGACUCCCUACAGAACUGAUACCCUGACGGAGUACUCAUCCAAGGAUGACUUCAUCGCUGGAAGGCCAACUACAACCUACAAGCUCCCUCAUAGGGUGGAUGGCACAGGAUUUGUAGUGUAUGAUGGAGCUUUGUUUUUCAACAAAGAGCGCACCAGGAACAUAGUAAAAUUUGAUUUGCGGACUAGGAUAAAGAGUGGAGAGGCUAUCAUAGCAAAUGCCAAUUACCAUGAUACCUCCCCUUACCGAUGGGGAGGCAAGUCUGACAUAGACCUCGCAGUGGAUGAAAAUGGGCUAUGGGUAAUCUAUGCAACAGAACAAAAUAAUGGUAAAAUUGUCAUUAGUCAAUUGAACCCUUAUACCCUACGGAUUGAAGGGACAUGGGAUACUGCAUAUGAUAAAAGAUCAGCUUCCAACGCAUUUAUGAUUUGCGGGAUUCUGUAUGUGGUCAAAUCUGUAUAUGAGGAUGAUGAUAACGAGGCCACAGGGAAUAAGAUUGACUACAUUUACAACACCGACCAAAGUAAGGAUAGUUUGGUGGAUGUACCCUUUCCCAAUUCAUACCAAUACAUAGCAGCUGUGGAUUACAACCCCAGGGACAACCUUCUGUACGUGUGGAAUAACUAUCAUGUCGUGAAAUACUCUUUGGAUUUUGGACCUCUGGAUAGCAGAUCAGGGCAGGCACAUCAUGGACAGGUGUCUUACAUCUCUCCGCCAAUUCACCUUGACUCUGAGCUAGAAAGACCCCCUGUUAGAGAAAUCUCUACCACAGGACCUCUUGGCAUGGGAAGCACCACCACCAGUACCACUCUGCGGACCACAACUUGGAGCCCCGGGAGGACCACCACCCCAUCCAUGUCAGGAAGAAGAAACCGGAGUACCAGCACCCCAUCUCCAGCUGUGGAGGUGCUUGAUGACAUUACCACACACCUGCCAUCAGCAUCCUCCCAAAUCCCAGCUCUGGAAGAGAGCUGUGAAGCUGUGGAAGCCCGAGAAAUCAUGUGGUUCAAGACCCGUCAAGGACAGAUGGCCAAGCAGCCAUGCCCUGCAGGAACGAUAGGAGUAUCAACUUAUCUCUGCCUGGCUCCUGAUGGAAUCUGGGAUCCCCAAGGACCAGAUCUUAGCAACUGUUCUUCUCCUUGGGUCAACCAUAUAACACAAAAGUUGAAAUCUGGAGAGACAGCUGCCAACAUUGCUAGGGAAUUGGCCGAACAAACAAGAAACCAUUUGAAUGCUGGAGAUAUCACCUACUCAGUCCGUGCCAUGGACCAGCUGGUAGGCCUCCUAGAUGUACAACUUCGGAACUUGACCCCAGGUGGAAAAGAUAGUGCUGCACGAAGUUUGAACAAGCUUCAGAAAAGAGAGCGCUCUUGCAGAGCCUAUGUCCAGGCAAUGGUCGAGACAGUUAACAACCUCCUCCAGCCACAAGCCUCAAAUGCGUGGAGAGACCUGACUACAAGCGAUCAACUACGUGCAGCCACCAUGUUGCUUGACACUGUGGAGGAAAGUGCUUUUGUGCUGGCUGAUAACCUUUUGAAGACUGACAUCGUCAGGGAGAACACAGACAAUAUUCAAUUGGAAGUCGCAAGGCUGAGUACAGAAGGAAACUUAGAAGACCUAAAAUUUCCAGAAAACAUGGGUCACGGAAGCACCAUCCAAUUGUCUGCCAAUACAUUAAAACAGAAUGGCCGAAACGGAGAGAUCAGAGUGGCCUUUGUCCUGUACAAUAACUUGGGUCCUUAUUUGUCCACGGAGAAUGCCAGCAUGAAGUUGGGAACAGAAGCUAUGUCCACCAAUCAUUCUGUUAUUGUCAAUUCCCCUGUUAUUACCGCAGCAAUAAACAAAGAGUUCAGCAAUAAGGUUUAUUUAGCUGAUCCUGUGGUGUUCACCGUUAAACAUAUUAAGCAGUCUGAGGAGAAUUUCAACCCUAACUGUUCAUUUUGGAGCUAUUCCAAGCGCACAAUGACAGGUUAUUGGUCAACACAAGGCUGUCGGCUCCUGACAACAAAUAAAACACACACUACAUGCUCUUGUAACCACCUAACGAAUUUUGCAGUACUGAUGGCACAUGUGGAAGUUAAGCACAGUGAUGCGGUCCAUGACCUUCUUCUGGAUGUGAUCACAUGGGUUGGAAUUUUGCUGUCCCUUGUUUGUCUCCUGAUUUGCAUCUUCACAUUUUGCUUUUUCCGCGGGCUCCAGAGUGACCGUAACACCAUCCACAAGAACCUCUGCAUCAGCCUUUUUGUAGCUGAACUGCUCUUCCUGAUUGGGAUCAACCGAACUGACCAACCGAUUGCCUGUGCCGUUUUCGCUGCGCUCUUACAUUUCUUCUUCUUGGCCGCCUUCACCUGGAUGUUCCUGGAGGGAGUGCAGCUCUACAUCAUGCUGGUGGAGGUUUUUGAGAGUGAGCAUUCACGAAGGAAAUACUUCUACCUGGUGGGCUACGGGAUGCCCGCGCUCAUUGUGGCUGUGUCAGCUGCGGUAGACUACAGGAGUUAUGGAACAGAUAAAGUAUGUUGGCUCCGACUUGACACCUACUUCAUUUGGAGCUUUAUAGGACCAGCGACCUUGAUAAUUAUGCUUAAUGUAAUCUUCCUUGGGAUUGCUCUAUAUAAAAUGUUUCAUCAUACUGCCAUUCUGAAACCUGAAUCGGGCUGCCUUGAUAAUAUCAACUAUGAGGAUAACAGACCCUUCAUCAAGUCAUGGGUAAUAGGUGCAAUAGCUCUUCUCUGCCUAUUAGGAUUGACCUGGGCCUUCGGACUCAUGUAUAUUAAUGAAAGCACAGUCAUCAUGGCGUAUCUCUUCACCAUAUUCAAUUCUCUACAGGGAAUGUUUAUAUUCAUUUUCCAUUGUGUCCUACAAAAGAAGGUACGAAAAGAGUAUGGGAAAUGCCUGCGAACGCAUUGUUGUAGUGGCAAAAGUACAGAGAGUUCCAUUGGCUCAGGGAAAACAUCUGGUUCUCGAACUCCUGGACGCUACUCCACAGGCUCACAGAGCCGAAUUCGUAGAAUGUGGAAUGACACGGUCCGAAAGCAGUCAGAGUCUUCCUUCAUUACUGGAGAUAUAAACAGUUCAGCGUCACUCAACAGAGAGGGGCUUCUGAACAAUGCCAGGGAUACAAGUGUCAUGGAUACUCUACCACUGAAUGGUAACCAUGGCAAUAGUUACAGCAUUGCCAGUGGUGAAUACCUGAGCAACUGUGUGCAAAUCAUAGACCGUGGCUAUAACCACAACGAGACCGCCCUAGAGAAAAAGAUUCUGAAGGAACUCACUUCCAACUAUAUCCCGUCUUACCUGAACAACCACGAGCGCUCCAGUGAACAGAACAGGAAUCUGAUGAACAAGCUGGUGAAUAACCUCGGCAGUGGGAGUGAAGACGAUGCCAUUGUCCUGGAUGAUGCCACCUCCUUUAACCAUGAGGAGAGUUUGGGCCUGGAACUCAUUCAUGAGGAAUCUGAUGCUCCUUUGCUUCCCCCAAGAGUUUACUCUGCAGAGAACCACCAGCCACACCAUUACACCAGAAGGCGGCUCCCCCAAGACCACAGUGAGAGCUUUUUCCCUUUGCUAACCAACGAGCACACAGAAGAUCUCCAGUCACCCCACAGGGACUCUCUGUACACCAGCAUGCCGGCACUGGCUGGUGUGCCUGCCGCAGAGAGCGUUACCACCAGCACCCAGACCGAACCCCCACCGGCCAAAUGUGGUGAUGCCGAAGAUGUUUACUACAAAAGCAUGCCAAACCUAGGCUCCAGAAACCACGUCCAUCAGCUGCACACCUACUACCAGCUGGGUCGCGGUAGCAGUGAUGGAUUUAUAGUUCCUCCAAACAAAGAUGGGACCCCUCCAGAGGGCAGUGCAAAAGGACCAGCUCAUUUGGUCACUAGUCUAUAGAAGAUGACACAGAAAUUUAAACCAACAAAACUGCUAACACCUGGUUGACUGUUCUGAGUUGCUAUAAGCAGUGGUAAUAAUGUGUGUACUCCUAAAUCUUUAUGCUGUUCUCGAAAGACAAACUCUGAGACUUUUUUUUUUUUUUUUUUUAAACUGGGAUUUUUAGGUCAGCCCAGGGGAGAAAGAUAACUGCUGAAAUUCCCCUGUGCCCUCUCCUUUCCUGUCUUUCCCCCUCAGAUGGAGACUUCAUUAUGUUAAUGAACGAGAUAUGAAGAAAAUGGCGCUCAUUGUGGCCUUGUUGAAUUCUGUUGUGUUUGUUCUAACAUCUCUGAUGCUCUGUUACUAUCGUUACAAGGACCUGAUUUUUAAAAGGCCAGAAUGGUUGUUUGAAAUUAGUAACAAUGCUGCAUCUAGAUUGGAGUGCUGCACAAACAAACAUAAAAACAAAGCAAAACUGUAUCACAUAGUGGUUUUUCGUCACUCACAACCUGAAUUCACCACAGCCGGGAUAGCUGUGGAAUACAAAAUAAAACAACAAAAUUAAUACUGAAAUGGAGGGGAAUUCUAGAAUUAUAUGCUAAAUGCAUAUUUUACGAUUUGCUGUAUUAACUGAUGAUAAAACUAAUGGCAGAAAAAAAUUGAACAAUUUCUAUGUAAUGUACAGAUACUAGCAUUGCACAUAUAGUCAGCUUUCUGUUCCUCCAGAAUUUGAGUCCUGUUAAUGUAGUGGAAAAAAAGAGAUAUUUUCUUUUUCUUUCGUGCUGGUCUUGCAAGUUUGUCUACCAGUAAGAGAGCAAAGUUUCCUUCCUUUCUUCUUUCUUUUCUUCCUUCCUUCAUUUUCUUUCCUUUUUUCUCUUUUUUCUUUCUCUUUUUUUCUUUCUUUCUUUCUUUCUUUCUUUCUUUCUUUCUUUCUUUCUGCUUUUUCUUAUUGCUUUUUUCCUUUAAAACGUCACCUGGCAAAAAAAUAAAUAAAUAAAUAAAUGAAACUAUCACUUUAUAAGAAUCAUUUUCUAGUAAUACAAACAAAUUAUUUUUUACAAAAAAAAUAAAAUAAAUAAAAUUAGACUUCCUUCCCUCACUAUAUAUCUUUAUUCAGUCAGAGUAUUUCCAGAAGCAUUUUUGCAAAUUAGAGCAGGACAAACUUUUAUGUUUACAGCGCACAUCUGUUGUAAUGCAAAGCAUAUUUGGCAAGCAGUUUAUCACCAAGACAGUAGCUAUGAUUCUAGAAGUCAAGAGGUGUCAAUAGAACUAGUGGGGCUUCUGCAUGUGGAAAAAAAAAAAAAAAAAAAAAAAACGAUAUCCCAUAGGCGUUAAAGUGCUGAAUGCUCAGUCUGAUCCCCAAGUGGGCACCUGCACUACCAAUUUUUAAAGGAAAUUCACUCCCUUGUAGUAAGAAAUGAAAGGUCAAGUUAUUUUGAAGUGAUUUUUUUUUUAAAAGACUCUUCUGUUUAUUAACAGGAAAAUUUAUUUAUUUGACAGGAUUUUAAGUAAUGUAGGAAUACAAGAGGUAAAUUAGCAGCACAUAUAAUUUUUUUUUAAAUUUAUGAUCCAUUUUGUAUGGUCUCAAAGUUGGAUGACCUCAUUACUAAUAUUUGUUGUAAAAGUGAAACUUGUUUGCCAACCAAUAAACAACUGAUUGAGAUUUAGAAGAUAUUGUUUUGAUGUAUGUACUAUAUGAUUAAUUAUUCUUUUCAUUUUUCUCGUCUUUCUUCUGUUUUCCUUAUAUAUACUUUGCCAAUCCUCUAUGGCCCAAAGGAGCUAUGCGAAAGAAAUCAAAUCUGCCUAGAUGGAUAACCUAAGCACAAAAUUAUACCGUUUUUGCAGAGAGAGUAAACCAGGAAAAUAGGAUGGACACGUUUAUGUUGGAAAAAAAAAGAUAUAUUACUCACUGUUAAGCAGGUUAAUAUAUGUUACUGUGUGCUUAUUUUAUAAAACAGCUGCAGUCACUAUGCCUGCUAUAAAAACCAGCUUCAAUCAGAGAUUUAAGUAUUGAAUUGGAUGAGUGGGUGGGUCACGUAUUUUCCUUCCUUGUAAGUUCCAUCUUGAUGGUAGAAAUUUAAAGUCACUCAAUUGGCUAAAAACUGCCAGAAUAGUGGCAAAAAAGAAUAUCCAUUUUAUAAAGAUAAUAGAAGUUAUUUAUGCUAAUUUUUCUUGUCCUCUAUACGGAAAAAAAGCCCUUUCAAAGUAACUUUGCAGAUCUCCAAUUACUGAAGAAGCUUUACCAAGAGUGUCUGUCUAAGGAUGGAAUCCCUUCUAGAGCAAAGUCAGAAUGAAUUUGCCAAAUUAUAAUUUCUCUUAUACUAUGUGAUAGUCCGAUGAUUUGUUUUUUUCUUUUUUCUCCCAAAAUCUAAACACCACCCAUCUAUAAAUUAAUUUCCUAAAUUAAGAUGAGAAGGAGUAGUUUACAGAAUAGCCAGUAACCUAUAUAUAGUUUAAAAAUAUAAGACAAAAAAAGAUUUUCUAUGCUGGGCCAGAGUACAUCAAAACCUUAAUAUCACCUCAGAAUAUCUUAUGCAUCAUUCCUUUUUGGUCACUUAACAUAAGUAUUUUUUAAGUAUCUGGAUUUUUUUUUUUUUUUAAGUUGCAGGAGACCCUCAAGCUUUACUGGUAAUUAGGUUCUCACAUACCACACUAUGGCAAUAUUAGCACCUGACAGGUGGUUAGCCUAUCUGUUGCAUAGAGUACAUCUGGCAAUGAAAGAACCCUUUUUAGACAAGUUUAAGGUAACUUCAGAAACACAGAUGUGAUCUGUGGAUUAUGAGCACUUAUGCUUGUUUUGCCAAUUCAACAGAAAUCUAUGUGAAAGCAGCUCUGUCGGUAAGAAGCUAGUUUCACAGAACAAUGGGGAAACUACCUCAACUCAGCUUGCUGAUGCUGCCAAUUCUGAUUUUCUGAUAUUGCUACCUCCCUGCCCGUUAUCUCUUACGUUUCAUUACGUGGAAAUUUGAAACAGGUAGCCUCCCCAGCUUUACAUAGACCAAGCUGAGGAAAAUCAAUUGAACACAAACUGAUGCAGAAGGCGAUUUAGUACUGUCAGUUACUACCAAGCUCUUGAAUCAAGAUGAAAGGAUGAGAUUUUAAAAUUUGAGUACAUCAGAAUUGUGCUUUUAGAAAGACUUAAGAUCCCAAAGACUUUUACAGAAAGAGAUUGUUCCCCCAAGUUUUAUGCCACUAUAAUACAAACAAAACUGUAGAUAAAGGAGUUAAUUAUGUAUACAUUUCAAUAGAAAUUUGUGUAUAUCUAACAUGUAUUGAUUUAGUCCGUUCUACACUAGCAAGGGUUGAAUUCCUGAGCUUGAUUCUUUCCCCAUGUAUUUCCUUCUGUAGCUAUUGAAAAAUUAAUAAUUUUAAAUUUUUUCUUGUUUUUUUUACCACCUUUGGUUGACUAUGUUUCAGUACCCUGUGCCAUUCAUGACCUACUUAUCUGCAUAUUUCUGAUGUGUUUAUCUGAUUUUCUAGAGGUAAAUUUUCAUCAAACAGACGUACUGUACAAACAUAGCACAUAACUGAUAGCUGCGAGUUAAAGUUAUGCCAAUGAGACAGACUCAUUAUUAUUUCCUAGUAAAAUAAUAUUUUUAUAAUAUUUUACUCUUAAACUUCUUUUUUUAUUUUUGAGGUCUAUUUCUAUGGUACUUUAUCAGGACAUUAGCUAACAAACCUCAUGUUUAGCUGAUUCACAGACUAUUGGAUUGUUGCACAGCCCAUGUUCCUAAUUGAUAUUUAUGGAGAAAUCUACAUUUUGUGAGGGAGAAAUAGGUUUAACUUCCAUUAAGUUUUUUGAGUAUCCCUCUAGUUCCACUCUAUCAAAGUUAAAAAUACCAUAGUUGAAUAAUAAAUUGCUAUGCUAGAAUAAUCAUAAUGACAAAAAAGCUCUUGUGUGAGAACAAUUACUUUGAAAUAAAAAUAAUCAGGAAACUGCAUUAAUCAAAUGAUGAUGAUGGAAAUACCCUUAACUUCCUGUCCAACAAAUUCACAAAGACUCUAAAUUAAAGUGUGGUUUAUGAUAUGUAUUUUUAAAAUUCCCAUUAACCUAAAAGUGUCAACAUAUUGAUAAAAGAUCUUUAAAAUUUAGUGUUUUAAACUUAGUUGGUAUGAUGAAACUUUUCAUGGUAAUGGAGAUAAACAUAUAAGAGAAUUGGUAAUAUUCACAUAGAACCUGUAGACUUAGUUUUACGCAAUAUCUUCAGCUUUUUCCCCACACAUGUUCAGAUUGAUUGACUGGUUUGAUUACUUUAAAAAAUGACAUUAAAAAGGUUAGAUUGACUUUCUGCAUCAUAGAGACCAACAGGGAAAAGAAAAAUAGUUUCUGGGUUGUCCAAGAUCAACUCCAAUCUCAUCAAUAAUCAUCUCCUAUUAGUGAAAGAAUAAUCUAUCUUUAGUUAUUCAUUUGUACUGUACCAAAGUGCUACCGCUUGAGAUGUUUUUGGAACAAACAAAACACUAUAGAACUACUGUGAAUGUCAAUUCAGAUUUAGAGAGAGAGAGAGAGAUAAAUAAACCCAAACCCUAAUUCGAUUUUGAGCAAUUCUAAAAAUAUUGACAUGAAUAUAUUUUCUUCUCUAACAAAAGUAUCUGAGAUAAAUAACGAUUGUACAAUCUUCCUAGUAUAUUGUAGUACCAAGGUAUUAAGAUUUAAUUAGUUCAUGAUUAUAACUUACCGCAUAAAUACUUGCUAUGCAUUUCUAAAAAUACUUUAAAUAUUUCUUAUGUUAGAUUUCUGUGCAUUAAUAAAUUAGGAACAUGGAAGCAUAAGAGUGAAGCAGAAACAUUACAAAAUAUCUUAUAGAAGCAUUUUUGUGCAAGUGAAUUAAUUCAACGUGGAGAGAUUCUUUGAGAUCAUAAAAUAGAUUUAAUGGAUCCCAACCAUAAAUUCAUUUUUGAAAUCACCAAAUCCAUCAUUUUUAAGCCAUCUGAAAAAUAUUGAUAAAUAUCUGAAUUUUCACUUCUAAUUAAAAAGUGUUGGUAGCUGCUUCUUUCCUGCCUAGGCCAGAAGAGGAAUCUUUCCUAUUUGUUAAAUAUCCUGUUUACUUCUACUUACCCCUUUGUUUUAAAAGUGAAAUAAAUCUUUAAAUUUCACCUAUUCACAUACUUACCAUACUUUGAUUCCUUUUAUUUACAGCUGCAGAGGAAAUAACUUUGUGACUUUUGCAAUGAAACAGGUAGUUAUUAUGGUUUUGCCUAUUUUCAUUCUUAAUAAAGUUGUUGCUAUACCCUCUUUCAAAAACUGAAAAGUCAGCACGUCUCUAACAUUUAGGACCUUUAAGUUAUUAUUCAGAUGUCUUCAUUUCAACUAUGUUUUGAUGUUUCUUUCUCUCUCAUAGUAAUACGUGACACAAAUUUUUCUCAUUUACUUUGUGUCCCAUUAGAGUAUUUCAAAGGUAAAUGCAAACUAUGAUGUUUAAGAAGGCAUGUGAAAGGCGAACUUUGACUUUAUAUGAAGAAGUCAAGGAAGACUAUAUGAGGAAAAAAAGCUUCCAUUUGGAUAACCAGAUCUUUUCAAUCACAAUAUGAACAGAAGAAGGGCAGAACCAAAUUGGCAGACUUCUGGUGAGGUAGCAGGACCUAAAUUAGAAUUACAAAGAAAAAAAUUCCAGGAAAAAAUAAUGAAAUCGUUCAGCGUGAUAAAAAUCUUAGUGUACCAAAUGCUACUGAUGUGUUCAAAUAAAAUUGAAGUAUACCAUAUUAUAAUUUUAUUCUGCUAAUUCCACAGGGAACUCUAAACACUUUCCACACCAGAUAUUUCUUGUCUAGCCACACCUUGUCUCAAGGAAACAUGAAUAUUUUAUAAAUAUUUCUGAAAUACAAGUAUUUUUGCCUCAAGUCACUUUCACUCUCUAAUCUGCUUACUCUAUUGUAUGCCAACACAGUUAAUGCUACUAGUAGCUUUGUACCUUUUAGAGCUUUAUUAUGGAUCUUUCUAAUAAACAUUAAAUUAAUAUUAAAUUGGAAUUAUGUACAUUGUGCAAGAUAAUUCAUAACCAAGCAAGAUUCAUAUUACAGGAUAAUCUAUUAUAUCUAUGAAUAUUACAUUGAGACUGAACAAAUAAUUACACAGCUAAAAAUAUUACUCUCAAGGCCUCUCUCUCUUCAAUUAUUGUAGUCAAUUCGUUAAAUUCUGCUGACAGUUGUAUGACCUGUUAUCAAAGUACUCCAUAAUCCAAAUGUGUCUAAAAGUAUUCCCAAUGCUUCUUUCAUUCUAGAAUGCUAAAGUUUGAAAGAAGAGGAAAGGAAAGCCGACUUCUAAGGAUCUAAUUUAGAUUAACAUUGCCAUUCAGAAUGAAUAAUUUUGAAAUGAGAAUGUUCCACUCUGUGAACUAAGGUUAUUAAAGAUUUACAGUUAGUCCAAUAUUGGAGGAUUUUAAAUUUUAAAAGAGUUAAGUUUUUCUCAAUGGCCCAAGACUGCAGAAUUUCACACUACAUUGGCAAGGAAAUGUGUUGAAAUUCCAUACCUUAAGUAACUUUUUAAAGGUUACAAAUUCCCUGAUUUUUCUGAAGGUAAAACUGGCAAAAUGAUCCUGGCUUCAAAAUGAAAUGGCUUGGUUGACUUCGAAAAUGUUUGGCAAAAAUUAUGAAUGUCAUCAACUCUUUAACAGUAGGUAGAGGUCUUUGUGGGGGAACUCAGGAUACAGUGACUAGAACACAGUGUCUUCUUAUGCUGACCACUGCCGAGUCUUCUGGAGCAUUUUCAAUGCCUUGAAUUUCAAGUUGUCACAAUGUCUUAUGUUUUGAAUAACAUCAUGAAUCAAGAAAGAUGAGGAAAAAACAUUUAAAGUUGGUUUUCAUGCCUCAUUUCAGAAUAAAGAUUUCCUUUACCAUCCUAAGUAAUAAAAGAUGAUAUGUCUUGAAACAGCUGUAGACAAUCAGAAUGUGUUCAUUUAUAAACAAGUCUUUUUUGUAUAUUCUAGCACUAAUCUUUGCCUAUGAACUACAAAAUCAAUACCCAUAGAGUCAGCUUGAUUUCCUUUCACUGGGCUUCUGUGAAUGCAUUUGGAAGUAGAAGGAUAAUCCGGGAAGUUUUUCCAUACUGUUUUCCCACUUGCCAAACAUUAAAUCUAAUUCAAGAUAAAUCUUUUAAAAAAAAGUUUGUUUUUAAAAAUAAGUAAGUGACUUCUCAUUGAUAGGAACAAUUUCUUUUUUUUUUUUUUUAGGAACAGGAAUAUAGCUAUCACAGGCUCUGUUCUCUUACCAUUCUCAUAUAGUUACAGGUGGAAUUAAUCUCAUCAUAUACACCUACCAGAUUUAUCUAUUGGAUUUUUUUGCCCUUGUACAAUCUUUCCAGACUUUUUUUUUUCAUAAAUGCUCUGUACAAUCACAUGUAAAAUCAUGAGCUACAAACCUCAAUAAAAAAUGUCAGUAAACAAUAA